UCUUCUUAGAGGGAAGAUUUACAGCACAGAGAAAAAACAAUAAAGGGGAAAAUGGGACGGGUACAUUUCAAGUUUGUUAUUUAAGUUAUUAGGCUUAGCAACACACCUAUUAACGUUCGUUUGAAACCGUUAUCAACAUUAACAGACUGAACUGGACUUAAUAACAGGAGUGUAUAUAAUUUUAGUAAAUUAUUCUGGUGACUAUCAGCUGCGCUGGGUAUGUAAAUCGGGCCAUCCAGCCGCGGUGCUGAUCGCCACUCGUGCCAAAAAUCCGGACAAAUGUCACCUGAUCAAAGAGCAAAUCUGCAUCAGAUGAGAUCAGCUGACUGCGUGUGCGUGCGCUGUGCACAGCGGUGUGUACUCUGUGUGUUAACAAGAAAAACUCAUAUAAGAAAGUGGUGCACAAAAGCAGGGUAGUGACAGAAUUGAUGCGCAUUAUUGAUAUUUGAAGCACGCGUACCUGCACAUUAACACACGGGUACGAUGGAAUAUAUUUUUUACUCACCUGCUCUCGUCCACUCCCCGCAAAAACUUAGCAGCUGUGCGUGUCUGCAGCAUCGGUGCUCUAAUCGCAUGCGAUGGAGUAAACAUCAAAAGCACAGCUUUAUCAGACAGUUGCAGUUAUAUGUUGGCUGGCAAGUCUUCAGUGCGUCUCAACUGUAUUUCUGGACAUGCUGACGUUGUUGAAGUCCUGCACUGUUUCCGUUCACAUGAUUUCAGUGACUUUAACGAGGCCGUGUUUUAUAAGCUCUCCAUCUGAAAAAGGCUUGCCAUUUCUUGCGAUGAGUUGGGCGACCUCAUAGCUGCUAUUGGAGCUUUUUCCUGGACAAUUUGAGCACGAAAAAAAAUACUGUUGCUGACCCUGCAGGAGAGCUACCCUUUGCUUUAAUUUCUGCUCUCGCUCAGCACUAGUGUAGGAUGCAUGGGCCUGAUGUUUGGUUUCAUAAUGACGUCGUACAUUAUACUCUUUCAUAACUGCCACAGUUUCAUUGCAGAUCAAACAGACACACUUCCCCUUGAAUUCUUUGAAGAAAUAUUCACUCUCCCGCCAUGUCUGAAAUCUAUUGAAACUACAAAAAUUUGCAUUUCCUGCGAAAAUGCUGUGUGGAUGCCUUAACGCUGAAGCUGUCUGCUGAAAAGCUGAAAACGAUGAAAAGUUGCAAAAAGUUGUAUGGUGGUGGAAAAAAAAAAAUGCCACCCUGAGCAGGAUUCGAACCUGGCCCUCCUAGUCUCAAGGCGGCUAUUCAUUUCACUGAGCCAAAGUCAUUCUUACAAAGAAGAGGUGGAAAGACGGACAAUUCUGCUGAAAUGAGCAGAAGCUGCCGAGAAUUGUGCUGAUAAGAGGUGAAAAGGCUGAAAAUUCUGCAGAAAAGAGGUGAAUCAGCAGAAUUUCUGCAGAAAAGAGGCAAAGAAGCAGAAACUUGCGCUGAAAAGAGAUGAAUCAGCAGAGUUUCUACUGAAAAGAGUUUUCUUUUCUGAAAACAGACAAAAAAGCUGGAAUUUGUGCUGAAAAGGGGUGAAGAAGCUAAAGUAUACCAAAUCAAAGUAUUUGUGCCAAAACAUAGUGUUUCUGCCAUAUUGUGGUACUACUACAUUACAACAUGAAUACAGAUUAAAGAAACUGGCAACAAAUUCCUCCACUACAAACCAGUCUGAUACCACUUCUUGCAGUGUUCACAUUUACUAAAGCACUACCCAAAAGGCGCCACAAGAGGGCACUCCAACACAAGAGAUGACCUAUGUACACUGAUGCAGAUUUCCACCCCUCAAACAAACGUAAUUCAAUGCUCAACGGUAAGAUAAUUGUAAAAACUGCUUCCACUGUGAGUGUCAGCAGUGUCUGAAGAUAUAUUGGCACAAGCUUCAUGUCCUAACUUUGCUUUGUUAAAGAGAUAUGGCGAUUUGAAAAUGCCUCCCGUUACAGAAUUUCAGCUCUGAAUUUCAAAACCUCCCCAUCGACUUUGAAUGGGGAGUUGUCAGGGCCAUUUGAAUAUGGGCCGGACUUUGAUCACCCCACCUAUACAUCCUCCAAUAAAAAGGACCAUUCUUCGCCAGCCCAUCACACCAUUUCCUGUACUCUUUACUAUUAAAAAGCCAGCUGAUAGGAAGAUUUCCAUUCUAAGAAUGCAUCCCUUGUCAGUCCUUCAACUUCUUUGUUUUAUCAGCGCGGUGUCUGGGAAACUGAUCCAGGCCACUAUAGGAGACAAUGUUAGAUUUCGCCUCACAGAAGAGUGUAAGACAGGAAAAGGCACACUCCGCCACAAGCUGAUGGAUGGCACCAAUAAGCUGGUUGCCUUUUUUUUUUUUGGUGUCUGGAUGCCGGGGCCAGGUUACAUUAACCGGGUGGAUCACAGCUCGGAUUCUCUGAUAUUAAAGAGAUUAGAUUUCAACGAUCACGGUUAUUACGCGUUUACCUGCAACUACAAACGGAGGGGGGAGCUGGACGAGUUGCACGUUUUUCUGCCCUAUAAAGUUGUUGCACUCCGGGGAGAGGAUGCCACACUGCCAUGUCACUCCGUUACAGUUGGACAGGCUGUGAAAUCUGUGCGCUGGUGGAGAGACGGAGAGCUGGUGCUGGAGCUGAAUCCUCUGUUGAAGCAAAUCACCUACGGAGACGGCUAUGAUGAAAGCCGAGUGUGCAUACCAUCAGACUGGAACCAGCGAGGAGACCUGUCCCUCACCGUGAAGCGCGCUCAGCUCAGGGACGAGGGAGUGUAUUACUGUUACGUGGAGAAGACAGAGAGACACCGCUCUGCUGUCCACCUGCACGUCUCCACACCAUCACCACCACCGGGCAGCACCUCACAGCCUACAACCACACCAACAACAUCAGAAAAAUGUCAUGCUGAAAAAUGCCAGGAAAGGUGAUGGACAUCUCUGCAACGGCAAAGAGGAGAAGGGGCUGAAGAAGACCAACAAAACAUGCUAAAGUUAAAUGGGAACCCUGACUUUAUCCUCCUAAGACCCAAACUCUUCCAUGGCAUGCAUUUUUAAUUUCUCUUUGCUAUUUGGGCAGAUUGGAUCCUGAUGAAUGUAAAAACAAAGAAUUACGAGAUUUUUUUUUUUUUUACCUGAUUUUUGUUUCUGAGAAAAAUGACAUCCACAUAUGAGGACAUUCGUUUUAAAUUUCAAUGGAGGAGUGGCAGUAUAAUGUCCUCAUAAGUGGAUAUCAGGCCUUUGUAGAGCAAAAUUUAGCAUUUUGGUCUACACAACCCCAAAAAAACUUUAAGGUUUUAGUUGUUUCAAAAAAUGAAACAACUAAAACCUUAAAGUUUAGAAGAAGCCUCUUGGAUGAGAGGUGAAGGUCCAGUCACUUUCUUUACAAGCUCUUCAGACCACUUUGCUAAAUUCUUCAUUCUUCAGAACCUUUCUAUUGCACUUAUUAUUAUUAAUUUAAGUGAGCCCUUGUGUUGUUUGUUUAUAGAGAUUUAAAGCUUUACAAGCUCACAGAAGCUGUUCUUGAUAACAAAACGACACUCUGACCUUAUGAAGAUUACAGCCAUUCACACAAUUUUAUUCAUUUUGCACAUUAAAUGUCUUCAAAUGUUUGAUGCAAUAAAUACAGUACUGAAAACCUUUAACAAAAGCGCAUUAAGAUAAAAUGAAUAUACAACAAAGUAAGAAGUGGACUGCAUCAUCAGAUACACGCUACUGUGGACGCACUUUCUCUGGCGACUCUGCCCUGUCUAACAUCCUUCUCCUGUCCUGCAGAUUUGCCCGAUCCCUUACUGUCAGUCACUCUUGUUUAGUAAAAGAUUUGCUGUUUCUUCCAGGUUCAUGUCUAUGCUCUCUCACUUUAGUUACCAGUGCUUACCACAGGUCAUGUAAAUAGUUUACUGAUUGAAUAAAGUGACUUCAAGAACUUCUUGUCUUUUCCUGUUUUGCCCGGAUCUCACACUUGACUCCUAAAAGAACCGCAGUUUGCUAAAUCUGACAAGGAGCCAAAUCUGAUGAUAAAAUAUUUUCUCUGCGGGUAGUCAAGUUUUCUCCCACAGUCCAAAGACAUGCAUGCAUCUCAUAGUGGAGCUGUCAUGGGGAGACAUGCAUGUAUCUUACUCUCUGACAGCCCCAUGACCCUGAAGAAAAUGAAGGGGCAGUUAGAUAUAAAGGUUAGAGUCACAUAAUCUUUUGAUUUUGCUUCAUAAUGCAAAUUAGAACUGAAAAAAGGACUGUGUGUCCCUUUAAAGAAAGAACCUCUCUUCCACUUUUUCUUGAGCAGAUGAAAUUAAAUUAAGUGAAAUCUUAAAGCUGGCACUAAAAGUGCACCCUUAAACUAUAAUAUUUAGCAUCUGCACUUGCACGAGACGGCACAUUUUAAGGGUGUUCAUAGAUGACUGCAGAAUUCACACAUGCAGCCACACAUGCACACGGUGACCAAGCAAGAGCAUGCUACUCACUCAACCUGUUACUGACAUGUUCCUAAAUCAUAAAUCGUACAUAACGAAACUCUGCUGCUCGUGCUCGCUCUGUUGUACACCUGAGCAUAAAUCAAUACAUCUGUAGUCGAAAUCAUAACCUUAAUAUACAACAAAACAGAAGCAAAUGGAAGGAAAUGUCGAGAAAAAAAAAAGAGUAUGUGAGGAAAAUGUAGAUUGCAAGGUGAUUGCAAUCUCUCUUUGUGGUGUUGUAUAAACCUGCGGGUAACAGUGCCGAGUGAAAGGUAUUGACAAGUAAAAACGUGUGUGUGUGUGUGUGUGUGUGUGUGUGUGUGUGUGUGUGUGUGUGUGUGUGUGUGUGUGUGUGUUACACAUGUCAAAGUGUAGCUAGAGGCAACACAAUGUAUAGAAAUUCCUGUUGAAGCCUGUCUUUAUGUAUCUGGAGACUAAUCCUGUACAGAAUAGCCCCCGAGGGGCUUUUAAUCACAAACCAGGGGUUUCUAGGAAUGAAGGGAACAUGCAGCAGAAAGGCAAGGAAGCAAGGAGAGAGAGAGGAGAAAGGUUUGGGUGGGAGAGAAGAUUAAUUUAGAGAAAUAUUUGAAAAAUGUGUGUUUUUCGUUACUGAUUUAAUUGCUGUCCAUCUUUAACACCAACUUUAAUACUAUUAUUGCCAAGUGACAUUCAUCUCUGGGGUUUCUACCUGGCCAAGAGUCUGACUUGUGGUUUCGCCAAGUGGAAACAGCUGGGACCAAAAAGAA